GCUUAUCUGGCUGAUUGGAGCCAUACGCAUGUCUUAAACCCACGCUGGCCACCUCACGCAAAAUUUCACAACGGCCAAACAAUGUCCAUCGGGGCUAUAAACGCAGCCUUAGUCGUAUAUCUACUCAGCACACGGGUAAACAGUUCCGAAACGGAGAAAAGCCUGGUAUUUGUGGCGGCAGUUGUUGGCUCUUCAACAGCUCUUGCAGGUUUAUCGGCGAUUUUAUAUCCAGGCACAGCAUGGACAGAUCCUGAAUUUGAUACCGGAGCUCUGAUAGCACCGCAGGCCUAUGUCUUUGUUGGAAAUUUGAUGUUCACGUGGGUAGGAUACAUGCUGGAG